GUGCAGCAGCAGCAGUAGCAGUGCUACAGCCAAGCAAAUGCCUACAAAGACAUCCACAUCCUCCCUGAGUGCAUCAAGCAAGACCUCCUCUUCUUCAUCCCCUUCCUCUUCAUUUUCAAAGGGUUCUGCUAACGGUAGCAGGUCCAUGACCUCAUCCAAAGACAAGGAGGACAAAAGCAAAUCUGGGAAAUCUUCUAAGGAGUGUUCUCCACCCAAAGAGGAGCGCGAGUCGUUCGGCGACUCCACAAAGAAGUCCUCCAAAAUUGGCAGCCUCAUCCCCAAGGGAGGGAAGCCGUCAUCGGGUAAAAAAGACCCUUCCACCGGCAUCCCUAAACCAGGACUCAAAACUCCCUCCACCACGACGGCCAAGCCUCAGAGUCAGCCCCAGACUCAGAGCCAGGCCUCCUUAAACAGCAGCGGCAACCUGCGGGGGGGAGAGGGGGAGAGGGCCAAACUGUCAAAAAGCGGACAGGGCGGGAGUUUCUACAUACAGCGCUCCACCGGAGGCCAACCGGAGGCUAAACGGACCAGCAUGACCUCCUCCACCAGCACCUCAGCCCUGUCCGGGUCUGGUGGGAUGCUGGUAGGAGGAGGAGGCGGAAGUGGAGGUGGAGGAGGAGGGGGAGGAAGUGGAGGAGGAGCGCUUGGAGGGAAUGGAGUUGUUCAGCUUCCUCAGCAGCAGCAGCACAACCACCCCAAUACUGCCACUGUAGCUCCCUUCAUGUACAGGACAUUCUCAGAAAACGACUGCACCAUGGUGGCCCCAGCCGACCCCUGCCUCAGCCCCACCAAGGGAGAGCUGGUUUACAGCAAGACAGCCAAACAGUGCCUGGAGGAGAUAUCAGGAGAGGACCCUGAGACAAGACGCAUGAGGACGGUGAAGAACAUCGCUGACCUGCGGCAGAACCUGGAGGAAACCAUGUCCAGUUUACGGGGGACACAGAUCAGCCACAGUACACUAGAGACAACCUUCGACACCACGGUAACCACUGAGGUCAAUGGACGGAGUCUCCCGGCCCUCACCACACGCUCCUCCCCCAUGGCCUGGCGUCUGGGCCAAUCCCAAACCCCACGUCUCCAGGCGGGCGACGCCCCCUCAAUGCCCAGCAGCUAUGCUGCGCCCAGGGCGAGCACGACGGGCGCUGGCACCACCACAGGGCGCUACAGUGGGCACUCGGACCCCUCCAGGUUUGUGUACAGCGCCCCCCUGAGGCGAGGAGCUGCAGCAGGGGCGAGGGGGGCUGAGCAGGGGGAGAAGGGAGGAGGAGGGCUGGAAGGAGGGAAGCAGAUGGAGGUGGCAGGGUACAUGAGUGAUGGGGACAUCCUAGGGAAGAACGGACGGAUGGAUGAGAUCACCAGCGGAUACCUUACAGACGGCGGCCUCCAUCUGUAUGCACGGAACACAGGCCGAGCCUCAGACGCAGCUUCCUCCCGAGAAGUAUCUCAGAGAGGAGGCAAAGAGAUGCAGGGCGACAUAGACAGCUGGGACGACAGCAGCUCAGUGAGCAGCGGGCUGAGCGACACGCUGGACAACAUCAGCACAGAUGAUCUGAACACACCAGCCUACUCUGCCGUCAGCUCGUCACGCAAAAGCAAGGGAGCACAGUCCCAGAGAGGAAGCCGGUCCAAGCAUGCAGAGCAGGAGGUGAGCAGCAGCUGGGCCGGAGCCGAGGACUUGAAGAAGGUGGAGGAGGAGCUAGAGGCGAGCAUGGACCCCAGCAGCGGCUCGUCCCGCUGGAAGCCUUCCUCAUCCUCAUCUUCCUCCCAAGCCCAGGGCCAGUACGAGGACGCCAGUCAAAAGGCCACCGCGCUGGCCCAGAUGUCUCAGACGGGCUCGUUGAGGAGGGGCAUGACGGCCCAGGUGGGCAUCACGCCCCCAAGGACCAAGAGUACCUCUGCCUCCCUCAAAACACCCGGGACAGGCAAAACUGAUGAUGCCAAGGCUUCAGAGAAGGGCAAAUCGCCUUCCAAGAGUUCAGCCGGCAUCCAGCGCUCGCCCUCAGAUGCUGGGAAGAGUAGCGGAGAUGAAGGCAAGAAGCCACCCUCCGGCAUUGGACGCCCACCCACUACAGGAUCUUUUGGAUACAAGAAGAUCCCUGGUCCCACUGGAACCUUAAUCACCUCUAGUGGUGCAACGCUCACUAGUGGCUCAGCCACGCUUGGCAAGGCGCCCAAAUCCUCAGCUGCCCUCGGCAAAGGUGCAGGCAUUGGCGGUGUGCGUAAGACCAGCCUGGAUGGCUCACAGCCCCAGGAUGACGGCAUUCUGAUCAGCUGCGGAGGCUCCAAAGUGUCCCUGCAGUACCGCUCCCUACCCAGACCAGCCAAAUCCUCCAGUGGGGCGGCGGCAGGGCGCAGCGGCGGGCACCGCUCCAGCUCCAGCAGCAUCGACUCAAACGUCAGCGGCAAAUCAGCCGGAGGGGCCGCGACGCAAGCGGGAGCCAAACGCAGGGACGCUGGGAAAGUGGGCUCAGACCGCUCCAGUCCCAUCACCAUCAACCAGACGGACAAGGAGAAAGUGGCAGUGUCAGACCAAGACCCGACAGCGGGAUUAUCCACCUCCCCCAAGUCAAGCCCCACUUCCACAUCAGCAGGCCAGACAGGCCUCAGGCAGCCGGGAUCCAAGUACCCCGAUAUCGCUUCUCCUACCUUCCGCAGAUUGUUUGGUACCAAAGCCAGCAGCAAGGCCAGCUCUCCGGGCACGCCCGACUCUGGCAAGUGCCCCUCAUUACUGGGCAGCCCCCACGGCACGCUGGCGAGGCAGGCCAGUCUGGACUCACCCUCCUCUGGCACGGGGAGCCUGGGCAGUGCUGGGGGCAUGAGCGGUGGCAGCAGCCCGCUGUACGGUAAAACCCCAGACCUUUGCACCGACUCCCUGGCCUCCAGCCCGGCCUCUGGCCUCUCCCUGCCCUCCAACGCUCGGCCCUGGCCUGCCUGUAGCUCGUCAGCCGGCAGCAAGGACACACUGAGCUGCCAAAGCAUGACCAGUCUGCACACCAGCUCUGAGUCCAUUGAUCUGCCACUGGGCCACCACGGGCCCAAGGUUACACGAACAGGCAGUGUCAAGUCCACCCUGUCUGAGGGCAUGCCUCUUGACAGAAACACCCUUCCCAAAAAGAGACUGAGGUACCCUCCGUCCUCCAGGCAGACGUCCCAUGAGGAAGGGAAGGAGUGGUUGAGGUCCCAUUCAACAGGAGGGCUUCAGGACACUGGCAGCCAGUCUCCACUGUCUCCUCCAGGAGCCUCCUGCACCAACACGGGAAAAUACCACUACUCCAACCUGUUGAGCCCCACUAACAUCAGCCAGUAUAACCUGCCACCAGGCAGCAGCAGCAUGAGCCGCUCCAACAGCAUCCCCGCCCAGGACUCCUUUGACCUGUACGGAGAGGGUCACCCACUGGGUGGCAGCGCAACCUCCCUGGAGGAUCGCCCGCGCGCCAUCAGCCGCUCUGGCUCCUUCAGAGACAGCACUGACGAAGUUCAUGGCUCCUCACUGUCUCUGGUCUCCAGCACGUCUUCACUGUACUCUGCGACGGAGGAGAAAGCCCACUCAGAGCAAAUCAGAAAGCUGCGUCGCGAGCUGGACGCCUCUCAAGAGAAGGUGGCGACCCUGACAUCUCAGCUGGCUGCCAACUCUCACCUGGUGGCAGCCUUCGAGAAGAGCCUGAGUAACAUGACCUGCCGUCUGCAGAGCCUCACCAUGACCGCCGAACAAAAGGAGUCUGAGUUGGUUGAGCUCAGAGAGACAAUAGAGUCACUGAAGACCCAGAAUACCGACGCCCAGACGGCCAUCCAGGUGGCGCUCAACGGCCCGGACCACCUCCACAAAGGUACAUGAAGAAACCAGCAGCAGCACUUGCGGAUUAGACGGCAGCACUCGUCAGAGAGUAUGUCGAGUAUCAACAGCGCGGCCAGUCACUCCAGCAUGGGCAGCCUGGGAAAGGACACAGAAGACAAGAAGAAGAAGAAGAAGAGCUGGUUACGCAGCUCCUUCAAGCAGGCCUUCAGCAAGAAGAAGACCAAAUCUCAAUCGGCCCACGACGAGAUGGAGGAGAUGACCGACUCGCUGCCUUCCUCGCCCAAGCUGCAGCACGACAACAGGCAGGGCAGCAUCGCCACGCUGCACUCAUCACCCUCCACCACCGAGCUGUGUGAAUGCACCGAGGCCGAGGCUGAAGUCAUCCUGCAGCUGAAGAACGAGCUGAGAGAGAAGGAGCUCAAGCUGACAGACAUCCGCUUGGAGGCGCUCAGCUCCGCCCAUCACCUGGACCAGAUCCGAGAGGCCAUGAACCGCAUGCAGAAUGAGAUCGAGACGCUGAAAGCGGAGAACGACCGCCUCAAGUCCAGCGGCAACGCCACGCCAACGGCCACGCCCAUCAAGACGGCCCGGCCGCCAUCCGAGACUUCCAGCACAUCCUCGUCCUCCUCGCGUCAGUCCCUGGGGCUGUCGCUCAAUAACCUCAACAUCACAGACACCAUCAUGUCAGAUAUUCUGCUAGACGACAGCUACGAGGGCAACCUGCGCAAAGAAGGCCGGAGUGUGCGGAUAGUGGUCACCAUCAACAGCGGGCUCAGAACCACCAAGGGAACACAAAGCCAGCAAUACCUGAUUGGCUCUAUAGGUGUGAGUGGGAAAACCAAGUGGGACGUCCUGGAUGGGGUCAUCAGACGCCUCUUCAAGGAGUAUGUGUUUAGGGUGGAUCCUCUGACCAGCCUUGGUCUGAGCUCAGACAGCAUAGUCUGUUACAAAAUGGGCGACGUGGUUCGCUCCCACGCCUCCGAAGUGCCUGAGCUGUUGCCGUGCGGCUACCUGGUGGGCGACAACAACGUCAUCAAGGUCAACCUCAAAGGUUUGAGGGAGAACAGCAUUGACAACCUGGUGUUCGACACGCUCAUUCCAAAGCCCAUCAUCCAGCGGUACCUCAACCUGUUGAUGGAGCACCGUCGCAUCAUCCUCUCAGGACCCAGCGGCACCGGCAAGUCCUUCAUGGCCGCCAAGCUGGCCGAGUUCAUCAUCUCCCAAAUGGGACAGAGGGUGACGGAGCACAACCUGGCCAGCUUCAACGUGGACCAGAAUUCCAGCAAGGACCUGCGUCAGUACCUGUCCAACCUGGCAGAGCAGUGUAACUCAGAGGAGACAGACACAGAGCUCCCCACUGUGGUCAUCCUGGACAACCUGCACCAUAUUGGCUCCCUCAGCGACAUAUUCAACGGCUUCCUCAACUGCAAGUACCACAAAUGUCCUUAUGUUAUUGGGACCAUGAACCAGGGUGUCUCCUCUUCUCCUAACCUUGAGCUACACCACAACUUCAGGUGGGUGCUGUGCACCAACCACACUGAGCCGGUCAAAGGUUUCCUGGGUCGCUUCCUGCGGCGGAAGCUGAUAGAGACGGAGAUCAAUAAGAACAUGCGCAGCAAUGACCUGAUUAAGAUCAUUGACUGGAUCCCCAAGACCUGGCAGCACCUCAACGGCUUCCUGGAGGCACACAGCUCGUCUGAUGUCACCAUUGGCCCCCGUCUCUUCCUGUCCUGUCCUAUGGAUGUAGAGGGCUCUCGGGUCUGGUUCACUGACCUGUGGAACUACUCCUUGGUGCCCUACCUGCUGGAGGCUGUCAGGGAAGGACUUCAGCUGUACGGCAAAAGAGCCGCAUGGGAGGAUCCGUCCAAGUGGGUGAACGACACGUAUCCCUGGAACGCCGCCGCGCUCCAGCAGGAAGGCCAGUCGCUGCUCCAGCUGAGGCCGGAGGACGUUGGUUACGACGGCUACAGCUCGUCAAAGGAGGGAGCGUCGUCCAAGCAGGUGUCUCAGAGCGACACAGAGGGAGACCCGCUGAUGAACAUGCUUCUAAGGCUGCAGGAAGCUGCUAACUACUCCAGCACGCAGAGCUGCGACAGCGACAGCACCAGUCACCAUGACGACCAGCUGGACUCCUCGCUGGAGUCUGCGUUGUGAGACCAAGAAGCUUCGCCGGGAGACAUCACAUCCUUGAAACCCUGAAACCGGGAGACCACGGGAACCUUUGAACCUCCAUCACUACCAGACACCCCCACAGUGCACGGAUGUAAUGAUAUAUGAAAAGUUUUAUUAUCCAAAAAUGAUACAACACCACCACCCCCCCAUGAGAAAGAAAACACAUAUUUUUACAUAAGAAUGGUGCAAUAUUAGAUCAAAUUAUCAUGUUUUAAAGGGCA